AUGGCUUCCGGAUUCGGCGCACAUGGCGGACCCUCGAGGUGCUUUCCCUUCUGGCAAGAGCUGCUCGGCUGCUACGUUGUCAACACGACUGAGGAAGAUGGCAAGGGCAAGGCCAAGUGCGGUGCCGCCCUAGAGGACUACUACGAGUGCCUGCACCACAAGAAAGAGGCCGCGAGGACGAGAGCGCUGCAAGCUGCGUACAGAAAGGCAGCGACUGCUAGCGAGCGAGACAGCGCUCCGAGCGCUGGUCACAUCCGAAGCCUGGGCACCCUGGGUGGUGAAGAGUCAACGAAGGGCUUGACCGAGAGUUCAUGA